CUCCUCCCAAGGCUGAACUUAACAGCUCUCUUGUUGGAGAGCAUGUCACUAUCCGGGCUGGAUCAGACCUGGUCCUUGAUGGUGUAAUUGGUGGUAAACCCGAACCCAUAGUAUGGUGGGCCAAAGGUGACAAGGUGCUGGAGCUGGGAGAGAAAUACUCCCUGACAUACACCAGUUCAAGAGCCAUGGCCAUCAUCAAGUCCUGCAACAGAAACGACACAGGAAGAUACGUUCUGACCGUGAAGAACGCCAGUGGAACCAAGACAGCGUCUGUCAACGUUAAAGUACUCGAUACACCAGGGCCUCCUGAGGAAAAGGUCACAAUCACCAGGGUGACAGAGGAGAAGUGCACUGUGUCUUGGAAGAUCCCUCUGGAGGACGGUGGAGAUCUUGUCACUCAUUACAUUGUUGAUAGACGUGAGACCAGCAGACUCAACUGGGUGAUCAUGGAGACCGAGUGCAAGACUCUGUCCUGUGUCAGCUCCAAACUGAUCAAGAAUAACGAGUACGUCUUCCGUGUCAGAGGAGUAAACAAGUUCGGACCUGGUGUGCCUUUGGAGUCCGAGCCUGUUAUCGCCAGAAACGCAUACACUGUCCCAUCUCAACCUGGAGCACCAGAAGUCACGGCUGUAGGAAAGGAGCACGUCAUCAUUGAAUGGAUGAAACCUGAAAGUGAUGGCGGAAGUGAGAUCAAGAAUUACCUGGUGGACAAACGUGAGAAGAGCAGUUCCAGAUGGACCAGGGUCAAUAAGACCUUUACCAUCUAUGACAUCCGCCUGAAGAUCUCUGGUUUGCUGGAAGGCAGUGACUACCAGUUCCGUGUUACAGCUGUGAAUACAGCUGGAAACAGCCAGCCCAGUGAAGCCUCUCACUAUGCCUACUGUAGAGAGCCAACAUACACUCCAGCCCCUCCUUCAAUUCCACGAGUGGUAGAUUCCACCAAGCAUAGCAUUAGCUUGCAAUGGACCAGACCCAUGUAUGAUGGUGGCGCUGAUGUUGUUGGCUACGUGGUGGAGGUGCUUGAGGAAGGAACCGAGCAGUGGUACAGGGCCACUCAGAAGACUUUAAAGACCAAUGCGUUUGUUGCCACUGGACUUCAAAGCAACAAGAAGUACAGUUUCCGUGUCGCAGGAGUCAAUAGCAAUGGCACUGGGGAAUUCAGCGAACCUAGUGUGGAAAUUGAGCCUGUUGAGAAACUCUCAAUCCCUGAUCUUGAGCUCCCUGAUGAUCUGAAGAAGAUUGUGUGUCUGCGAGCUGGUAACACUCUUAGGCUGUUCGUCAAUGUGGCUGGAAGACCGGCUCCUGUACUGACCUGGAGGAAACCUGGCAUUGAUCUGCAGAGCCGUGGAUUCAUUGAUACAACUGAUAGUUAUACUCAACUAAUCGUUGAGAAGGUCCAUCGUUACGAUGCCGGCAAAUACACCAUUGAGGCUGAAAAUCCAUCUGGCAAGAAGUCAGCAACUAUUCUCGUCAAGGUUUAUGACACUCCUGGACCACCCGGUUCAGUUAGAGUCAAAGACUACACAAAGGAGUCUGUCGUCAUUACAUGGGACGUACCAUCUAUUGACGGUGGAGCCCCUGUGAACAACUACAUCAUUGAGAAACGUGAAGCUUCAAUGAAAUCCUACAAAACAGUUACAACAGAAUGCAGGAAGACCUUGUUCAGAAUUACUGGCCUGGAGGAAUCAGUACACUACUUCUUCAGAGUGUUACCAGAGAACAUAUAUGGUGUUGGAGAACCAUGUGAAACCCCUGAAUCAGUGUUGAUCUGUGAAGUACCCAGCCUUCCUCAGGAUCUGCACAUUGUGGAUAUUGGAAAGUCCUCUGCCAUACUUAACUGGGAGAAACCUCUUCAUGAUGGUGGAAGCAGACUGACGGGCUACGUCAUUGAAGCUAACAUCGUUGGAUCAGACAGAUGGAGUGCAGUGGCCACCGUUAAACAGUCCAUGUCCCAGCACACCGUCACUGGUCUGACAGAGAAGGAGACUUAUCUCUUCAGAAUCAGAGCUACCAACACCAGAGGAGUUAGCGAACCUAGGAGAUUACAGGACCUGUGGUCAUUCAGGAACAACUACAAGGUUGUCCAUGUGCCAGCCGACAAACCAAUCGACCUCAAUAUUCCUAUAAAGGCCAGACCUGCUCCAGUUUGCACCUGGUCCUUCAAUGGUGCUAAAAUGAAGGAUAGUCUUGACCGGGUUAAGAUUGUGUCAAAUGGAAAAUACACCAAACUGACUGUCCGUGAGACAACCAUUGAUGACACUGGUAGCUACACUCUUCAAGUAAAGAAUUCUGUAGGAACUGCGACAGAGAUACUUAAAAUUAUCAUUCUUGAUAAACCUGGAAUACCUAUUGGACCGAUCACAGUUGAUGCCGUUGAUGCCACAUCUGUAACAGUCAGCUGGGAGCCACCAGAAAAGGAUGGCGGCUCCAACGUUAGUGGCUAUGUUGUUGAGCAGCGUGACGCUCACCGCCCCGGAUGGCUGCCAGUGUCCGAAUCUGUCACAAGACCCACAUUCAAGUUCACCAGAUUGUCUGAGGGAACUGAAUACGUGUUCCGUGUGGCUGCAACAAACCGCUUUGGCAUUGGGGGAUUCUUGCAGUCUGAAGUUGUUGAAUGCAAGAGUCUCAAGACCGUACCCAGUGCACCAAACCGACCUGAUGUACUGGAUGUGACUCAUGAGGGAAUGACCAUCACAUGGCAGCCACCAGAAGAAGAUGGAGGCUCCCAAGUGUCUGGAUAUAUAAUUGAGCGCAAGGAGGUCAGAUCUGAAAGGUGGAUGAGCAUCGUUAAGAACCCAGUCACCAUGACCAGAUACAGAUCAUCAGGUCUGUGCGAAGGCAAUGAGUAUGAGUACCGCGUGAUCGCCCUCAACUCCAGAGGCUCGAGCAAACCCAGUAUGGCAUCUAAACCAGCUAUCGCCAUGGAUCCCAUCGAGCCUCCUAGUGCACCACAGUUCCCCAUGGUCACAGACACAACCAGGACGUCUGUGUCUCUAGCCUGGAGUCCUCCAGAGGAAGAGGGUGGUUCUGUCAUCACUGGUUACCUGAUUGAGAUGCAGAAGGUGGAUCAGGUGGAAUGGACCAUGUGCAACACAACACCCAUAAAGAUCUGUGAAUACACUCUGACGCACAUGCCUCAGGGAGCUGAGUACAAGUUCCGUGUGAUGGCCUGCAACGCUGGUGGACCCGGAGAGCCAGUCGAGAUCCCAGGAAUCGUCAAGGUUACAGAAAUGCUUGACUAUCCCGAUUAUGAACUGGACCUCAAAUAUGAGGAAGGCUAUGUGGUCAGACAGGGAGGGGUCAUCAGGCUGUCUGUGCCCAUCAAGGGUAAACCAGUCCCUAUUUGCAAGUGGACAAAGGAAGGCCGAGAUAUCUCUCACAGAGCUAUGAUUGCCACCAAUGAUGAUAUCACUGAACUUGUGAUCAAAGAAGCCCACAGAGAUGACACUGGCACAUAUGACCUGGUCCUGGAGAACAAAUGUGGCAGGAAGGCUGUCUACAUCAAUGUUAAAGUGAUUGGACGCUCGCUCUGUAAGAGUCAGCUGGAGACCUCCCUCUGA